UUAGGUACGGCUGCGUGCGAUAGAGAUACACCUCAUUCACAUCUCUCAACCAAGACAGACUCAGACAACAGAAGGAUGUCUUUGAAAAGUGCAAAGGGAGGACCAGAAAGUCGACCGUCCUCUGCUGCCAGCGCGUCUCCACGAGGGGGGAGGCCUGCAGCCGCUGGCAGAUCGCCCGUUUCGACGAGAUUCAAAAAAAAGGCUCUUCAGCUCAGCCUCUCCAAGAAAUUCUGCUCAAAGUCACCGUCGGCCCAGGAGAAGGGCUCUGUGGAGGAGGACGCAGGUCGGAACAGUAAGAGGAGCCUCAGCAACAGCUCAGCGGUGGCCGCUGCCUACAUUUCCUUCCUCAACAAACUCUUUGGACAGGAGAGAGAGCUGAUGCCAGAGGAGUUGGAUGAGCUCCAGGUGGCCUUUAAGGAAUUUGACUACGACGCGGAUGGCUUCAUCCAUUACAAAGACAUCGCAGAGUGCAUGAGGACCAUGGGCUACAUGCCUACAGAGAUGGAGAUCAUCGAGAUCAUCCAGCAAAUCAAGAUGAAAUGGGGUGGUCAUGUGGACUUUGAUGAUUUCUGCGAGUUAAUGGGGCCGAGGAUGCUGGCUGAGACGGCUCAUAUGGUCGGGGUGAAGGAGCUCCGCUGCGCCUUCAAACAGUUUGACUGUGAUGGCGAUGGAAAGAUCACGCUUGAUGAGCUGAAGGAGGGCAUGAAGACCCUCCUGGGGGAGAAGCUGAAGAAAGGCGAGCUGGAGGAGAUCCUCGGCGACAUUGACCUCAACAAAGACGGCACCAUUGACUUUGAUGAGUUCGUUAUGAUGCUUUCUGCACGGUGACCUCUGAUGGAUGAAGAUAGAGCACACAACACUGGAGUUAACUCAUGAACACUGUCUUCUUCCUGCUGUUGUGAUUAUUUUACUCUGACAUCAUUUGAAAUUGUAAAAACAUAGUUGAGUCAAAGAGAUCUGUUUAUUUUUGCAUAAUAAAAGUUGAGUAAGUGCAGAGGGUAAAGGGUGAGUUAUGAAACACUUAACUGUAUGUAACAACAAUGCUGCAUUGUCGCCCCCUUGUGGUUAGAAAGGUUACAGACUCUUCAGGUCUGAAACUAGAUUAAUGUUCUUUACCAAGUGAUUACUAGUGUUGGAGGAAGUACUCAGAUCCUUCACCUAAGUAAAAGUACAAAUACCAUAGUUCAAAAACGCUAAAUUAAAAGUAAAAGUCCUGGAUUAAUAAUGUUACAAAAGUUGAAGUGCAGAAGUAUUAUCAGCCAAAUGUAAAAUGGUAAAUAAAAGAAUUAAAGUAUUAUAUAUUUUUUUAUAGAAUAUUAUGCUAUUCUGUUUUUAUCCCUAACAAAUUCAUGCAAGAGCUGUAUUAGCUAGUAAAUGUGGAG